AUGCUUGCAGAAGAAGCACCUACACCAUUUCAAUUCAGCAAAAAGAGAUCGCGCUCUCAUUCUUUAAAAAUUAUUAAAAGGGAUUCUCGCUCCAUCAAAUUGAAAUUGUCCAUAGGAGGUCCAGCGGGAAAAAUAGUAUCUGCAUUUCAUUCAAUGCUCACUGACCAGUCCAUUGAAGAUGCAGAGAUGAGUAAAUCCAAGUCUGCUAUUCAACACAUGAAAAAGAUGGAAAGCGAUGUUGACAAUGUGUGCUCUAUUGCAAAGGAUCCUAAGCAAAAGCCUUUGUCAAAGGAGUUAGAGAAGGAAGAGAAUACCUUGAAACAGUGCGUAGAGAAGCUUAAAUUAGUUGAAGCAAAUAGAGUUGUACUUGUCUCUCAUUUAAAAGAAGCUUUGCAUGAGCAGGAAGCGGACCUUGAUUAUCAAGGUUACCAGGAAGUUUCUGUUCUGAUCAUGAAAUUUCCAAGUUAUGGCAGAGAGCAGGCUUCUAGUGUAUCUGGCAAAGCAGUGUCUGGUGGCAUGUCUAGUGAUGAAAAAAAUCAAAGACAGAUUUCUGCUAGAGCUUUAAUGCCCCCUCCUCGCCCCUCAAACAAGAAGCUGUCAAGGUGUAAAUAUAUCAACCAUUUUAAAAUACCCCCCUUUUAA